UUUUUCCUUCUUCUUCUUCUUUUUAAAACUAAAUAAAUCAAACUUUUUUUAUAUAUCUCAUAAUUUGCAUGUUCUCAAACAAUAAUAACAAAUGUCAAUUCAAUAAGGAAAAGAAAGCUGUGCCACUUCAUAUUGACACAGACCCUCUGGGUAUUUCCUUUUAUGAAAAGGGUUCAACGCAUGCCAUUGUAUCUCCCGUCUUAUUAAACAGACAGAACAACCUUUCACCUUUCCCCUCACCUUCUUCCAGUACAUCCUCUGUCGCCACAUGUUUACACGAGUCCAGCAAGUCAUUUCCUACCGCAAGAACAGAUGUUUCUCGCAACAAAUGUCAGAUUCAUCGUCCAAGCCAAUCAUUUGAGCCCAAUGUGAAAAUGUCCAGCAAAUCUUGGGAGACCAUUAAAUCUCCUGCAGCUUCAUUCUUGGCCAGUUUCGCUCUUUCACCUGUCAACCAGGAGCAAGUGAACGAUGAAAGAGAAGGUGAUGAAAUUGAUGACUAUGUAUUGGACAAAAUCAUCGGCUAUGGUGGUUUUGCUACUGUCCGUAAAGGAUUCCGUGUUUCCGAUGGUCAAAAGGUGGCCAUCAAAAUCAUCAAGAAGUCCUUCCAUACUGAAGAAACAGACUACAGACUCGAAAGAGAGUUAUCCAUCUGGAAGUUAUUAGAUCAUCCUCAUAUCGUCCGUCUGAUCAAAGUACUCGAGACUGAUUCAGCUACCUUUUUGAUUUGUGAUUAUUGUUCUGGCGGUAGCUUAUUAGACUUAUUAAAGAAGCCCAUGUCUGAAAUCGAAGCACGCCGCAUCUUUAUUCAGUUAGCUCAAGCCAUUCAGUAUUUGCACGAGGAAGCCAAAGUCUGCCAUAAAGAUUUAAAGCUUGAAAAUAUCUUGUUUGACCAAGACAACAAUGUCAAAUUAUGCGAUUUCGGCCUUGCUCUUUGUCAACAACCCUUAAAAUUAAAUGCAGUCACGAAUUUACCAUUAUCACCAGAGAUUCUUGACGAGUUGGACUGCGCUGCCGGCUCUCUUGCUUAUGCAGCCCCUGAACAGAUCAAGUCUGCCAAGGCCAUCUCCUGUCCAUCCACUGAUAUCUGGUCUUUGGGUGUAAUUUUAUAUGCCCUGGUGACUGCCAAGUUACCUUUCCAUGAUGAUUAUGACCUUCGUCUUCAACAAAAGAUCAUGCAAGGAGAUUACCACAUGCCACCUUACCUUUCUGCUGAGUUACAAGACCUCAUCAAAAGCUGUCUCUCAUUAACUCCAGAGUCUCGUUUCAAUAUUGACCAAGUAUUGCAAUCCCGUUGGUGCACAAUGUAAAAAAACUAAUCAUACAUGUAAAUAUCCCCUUAUGUAAAUAUAAAUACCAAUCCUCUCCAAUGUACCAAACAAUCAUCACCCAACAACAAUACACAAUAAUAAUAGUAAUAAUAACAAUAAAAAAAAUUAUAUUUUUAUACUUUUAA